CCUUACUUUCACCCCCCUCCCUCUCGCGCUCUCUCCUCCUCUACAUCCUCAAUCUCUCUCAGCAGCAGCAGUUUGUGUCCUGAGAGAACUGGCACCAAACUGACGCAUCCAUGGGGCGCGCGCAGCAUCUUUAUUUCACCACAUUACAAUUUGAAGUCAUAUAGUGGAAUAUUCACGCCAACGCAACAAGCACACGUCAGUCGUUCGGCGUUUAAUCUUCAGGCUUAAAACUCUCAGUCUCUCCAUAUCUGUCUGUAUUUGUUACAUUUGUAGCUGUGUCGAGCUGUGGUGAUGGAUGGGGAUGCGUGUGUUCGCGUGUGGACUCGACCGCUGCAAGUGAUGCUCCAGCAGAAGAAGAUCAAAGCGCGGAGGAAAAAGCGCAAGGAGUUGUUCGGGGGACAGAUGUGCUUCAUCGGGCUGCUGCUGCUGGCGGUGUCCGGCUUGUCUAGUUUGGCCGAGAAAUCCGGUUAUAGCCUCUCCAGUCUCUCAGCUGAAGACAGUGAGAAGUGGGAGAGUCGCAGGCUGCUGCAGGACUUUGACAUUGACAGCAACUACACUGAUGCGGUGCAGGUUGGGCCCAAUGCUGAAAAGAACUGCACACCGCCUGGUAUACACGAGUUCCCUGAUGAUCUUUUCACCAACCAGGAGCGAAUGGAGGGGGCCGUAGCCUUGCAUGUUGUGUUUGCCAUGUAUAUGUUUUACGCACUGGCACUGGUGUGUGAUGACUACUUUGUGCCCUCUCUGGAGAAGAUCUGUGAGCGCUUCCAACUCAGUGAGGAUGUAGCAGGAGCCACGUUCAUGGCUGCAGGAAGUUCAGCUCCUGAACUCUUCACUUCAGUCAUUGGUGUAUUUAUCACCAAAGGAGAUGUGGGAGUGGGCACAAUCGUGGGCUCUGCUGUCUUCAACAUCCUCUGCAUCAUUGGAGUGUGUGGGAUCUUUACUGCACAGGCAGUACGGCUCUCAUGUUGGACGUUAAUGAGAGACUCUGUGUACUACACCAUCUCAGUGACCGCUCUGAUCGUGUUCAUCUAUGAUGAGAAGGUGACAUGGUAUGAAUCGCUCAUCCUAAUAGUGCUGUACCUAUUUUACAUUAUAUUAAUGAAAUUUAACUCGCGGGUGGUUCAGUACAUUGAACGGCGGAAAAAGAACUCAGCAAAUCUGGGUAACGGCACAGCCAGUAACACUGACAUCGACGAUGGGUGCGACGCCACAGUCGUGCUGCUUAAGAAAGCAAAUUUCCACAGGAAGCCAUCAGUGCUGAUGGUGGACGAACUCUUGUCUGCAUACCCUCAUCAACUGUCCUUCUCUGAGGCUGGAAUGAGAAUAAUGAUAACCAGCCACUUCUCCCCUCGCACACGCCUCACGAUGGCCUCCAGAAUGCUCAUUACAGAGAGGCAGCGUCUGAUAAACAGUCGUUUCAGUAACGGCGACUCAGAGGUGACUGUAAAAAUCCCUGGAAAGCGUGGGGUGGAGAAUGGGCUGGCAGGACCGGACCGAGGCCUGAACGGGCGUAAGGGAGGUCACCAUGAUGACGACAGGGGAGGAGCUGAAGCUGGCACUGACACCGAAAACGAGAACGAGGACAAUGAAAACAAUGAGAACGAUGAGGAGGAAGAGGAGGAAGAUGACAACGAAGGACCCUUCGUACCAUACCGCUGCCCCGGUGGGGGCUUUAAUAAGCUAAAGUGGCUGCUGGCCUGGCCACUGAGUCUACUGCUGUUCUUGACCGUGCCCAACUGUGCCUCGCCUCGUUGGGAGCGCUGGUAUAUGGUCUCGUUCAUCAAUUCCACCCUCUGGAUCGCUUUCUUCUCUUACAUCAUGGUGUGGAUGGUCACAGUGAUCGGUUACACUAUGGGCAUCCCUGAUGUCAUUAUGGGCAUCACUUUCUUGGCUGCUGGCACCAGCGUUCCUGACUGUUUGGCCAGUCUAAUUGUGGCACGGCAAGGAAUGGGUGACAUGGCUAUAUCCAACUCCAUUGGUAGUAAUGUGUUUGAUAUCCUGAUAGGGCUUGGUCUGCCCUGGACCCUCCAGACUUUGGCCAUCGACUAUGGUUCCACAAUUCACCUGAACAGUAAAGGCCUGAUCUUCUCGGUUGGGCUGCUGCUGGCAUCUGUGUUUCUCACGGUUCUCGGUGUACAUUUGAACAACUGGAAACUGGACAGGCGUUUGGGUUUCAUUUGUUUGCUGAUGUACGCUGUCUUUCUGUGUUUCUCCAUCCUCAUCGAGUUCAACGUAUUCACCUUCGUCAAUCUGCCCACCUGCCGCGAAGAAUGAGAAGCGUUCCUUUUCCCGGCCCUCCCUCCUUGACCUUGCGAGGAUAAUGGCACAAGUCCUUGAUCAGAGGCAGACCGGCUCUUGUUCUGAAGGAAUAUUUAUUUAUUGAUCUAGCUGAUCAUCUAUCGAUCCUCUCUUUUUCUUUUCAAUGGGUGCAAUAUUGAUAGAGUCUCUGGGUCUGUGGCGGUACAAGAGGAGAGAGGAUUGUGUGUGAGGCAUGGUCCUGUUGACUGAUAAUGUAUAAAGACUGUUCUGACGGGACAGGAAUGUAGUAAAGAUGACUACUGCCUGGUUUGAUGUGAAUACUUUUUGUUUUUCAAAAUAUUUUGCAUAUUACAUAUUUAAAGAAUAUGAUCUAAAUGUAUUUUAUGAUGGCAUUUAUUUUGUUAGCUGCUAAUUGACGGAAGAAGAGACUGGACUUGUUAAUAUCGGUAAAAUGAUAGAUUUAUGAGGGUUCUCUUUUUUUGCUGAAAGGUACUGGUGACCUCUAGUAAAUACUUGUGAACAGUCCUCUUUUUAAUUUGGGCAUUACCAAGUCACUUUCAACCUUCAUAUGACAGAUUGAUCCGGAUGCCUGGGUCAUCGGUGUCUACGUUUUUCCAAUGAGAAUAUGUUUACCGUGCAGUGAAGGUAAUAAAAGCGAAAGGCUUGAGAUCGCUUUUAGAGAGACAGCGGGCAUUUGUUUGCACCUGUGUGGAGACACAUGUUGGAACGCUACAACCAACAUAUUUAUGUUUAGUGAGACGAUAUAUGGGAUUUCCGUAGAUGUGUUUAUGAACAUUCUUUCGUCUCUAACACUCUGUAUAUACUGAAAACAGAGAAAAGUUUAUUUAUUAAUUUAUUGAAAACUAUUUAUGCACAUUGCUUUCCUAUGACGUACUGAAACGAAACCAACCCACAGCUGUCCCAAAGAAGAGACCGUUCUGGAGUUUCAGCCAGGCUACGCCGCUUUGUCCUUCAGAGCUUACGUGUCAUCCUUUUCUACUGGAUUCCUUCUCCUUCAUCUCUGAAUAUUAUGCACCCUUUUAGAUGCACCUUUGACUUGAUGCGUAAACAGUUUCUACUAUUUGAUAUCGGUGUGACGUGACAUCCGAGGUAAUUGUAGAGAUUUUUUGAACACUCAAAACUUCGGCAGGCAAGGGGAAAACAUAUAAAUAUAUAUACACACAUAUAUUUUAUACUUAACUGUUUUGACAUUUAAGAUCGGCCCAUUCCCUGUUAAGAGUGAAUGGAGUGAGUGAGCCACAAACCUAAGAAGCUGAUUAACAGGAACUUGUCCUGGUAAAAUGAAGCUAACAUCUAACGUUGAUAAGACUGUUUCAAAUCAAACCAUAGAUGUAAAACAAUCAAAUUUGCUCUAGAAGAGGUCAAGUCAUUUUUCUCUUAGCAUGCCGCUCUAAUCUUAGAGUUUAUCAAGGAAUUUUUCAAGAAAUCCUCUCAGUAAAACAAGGAUCAGAAUUCAUUUCCAGGGAUGCAGGUAAUAAUUUGGAUUUUUCAGACGUUCUUUAUGCUGAUGUGACCAGGACUCAUUUCUUGGCCUUCUUUUAGAAGGACGAUUUAAAUACUUUGUUUUGUAUGCCUCUGCUUCUGGGGGUUGUAAAAAGACACCGCCACAAUGUAUCACAGCUGUAAACUUUUAACUGUGGCACAAUGUGUGGAUGCUUGGACUAUUUCUCCUUACAGAGGUUUUUAGUGAGCUGACAAAGUAGCGAUUCUAUGGACUCUUUUAGUCUAGUUAGAAACGUCAUGCAGGUUUUCUAGUCCGAAGGCACAUUGCAGGGAAAUGUUGUGUUUUAUGCACUGGUUGAUACUGGGUGUGUAAUUGUUUGUCAUAUUUUAAGGAUAGAAUUUAGAUGACAUAUCUGGAAGAGUAUUGCGGCAAAGUAUUUUUAUCACAAACGCAACUUUGUAUUUUGUAACGCAAAAUGUUUAGAACUGUUUCCUGCUGUUAAAAGUCUGUAGGCCGUGCUUCAAGUGAAUUCUUUAGCUUAAAAAAAACAA